GUGCGUCUGACGUCACGACGCUGGAGAGCGAGAGAGCGAGAGCGAGAGGGGAGGCGAUGAGAGGAAGGUGCAAUAAACACACAGGGCGUCUGCGCCUAUCUAAGUAGGACAAUAAAGUGAAAACGGUAUCAAUGUGCUAACAAUGGAUUUGUCAGACAUGCUUCUUUUGAAAGUUCUCCUUUUCGUGUGUUUACUGGACGACGCCCAAGGACACUACAGAAACCCCCUGAACAAGUACAUCCGUCACUAUGAAGGCCUUUCCUACGACACAGAGCUGGUGCACAGCAACCACCAGCGGGCCAAGAGAGCCAUCUCGCAUGAAGACAAGUUCCUACAUUUAGAUUUUCACGCCCAUGGAAGGCAUUUUAAUUUGCGAAUGAAGAGAGAUACAACCAUGUUUGCCCCUGAUUUGAAGGUGGAAGUUUCAGGAGGCGAGAUUCCAUUCGAUACCUCUCAUAUCUACACUGGAGAAAUCUACGGUGAGAAAGGUACCCUGACCCAUGGCUCCAUCGUGGAGGGUAAGUUUGAGGGCUUCAUCCACAGCUACCAGGGCGCCUACUACGUGGAGCCUGUCGAGAGAUACCUGGAGGGCAAAGACGUGCCCUUCCACUCCGUCAUCUACCACGAAGACGACAUACACUACCCGCACAAGUACGGCCCAGAGGGAGGCUGCGCUGAUCGCUCAGUGUUUGAGAGGAUGAAGAAGUACCAAGCCUCGGCAGAGCCAGCCAAGGAGCUUCACGCCGAGGUCGGCUCCAAUGACCCCGUGCUGCUGAGGAAACGGAGGAUGGCCCAGGUGGAGAAAAACACCUGCCAGCUUUUCAUUCAGACUGACCACCUCUUCUUCAAGUACUACAAGACCAGGGAGGCGGUGAUUGCUCAGAUCUCUAGUCAUGUCAAGGCCAUCGAUGCGAUCUAUCAGGGCACUGACUUCAUGGGCAUCCGCAACAUCAGCUUCAUGGUGAAGAGGAUCAGGAUAAACACCACCAGCGACGAGAGGGACCGGUCCAACCCGUUCCGCUUCGCCAACAUCGGCGUGGAGAAGUUCCUUGAGCUGAACUCCGAGCAGAACCACGACGACUACUGCCUAGCUUACGUCUUCACCGACCGAGACUUCGAUGACGGGGUGUUGGGUUUGGCCUGGGUGGGAGCCCCUUCAGGGAGCUCUGGAGGCAUCUGUGAAAAGAGCAAGCUGUACUCAGACGGCAAAAAGAAGUCUCUGAACACUGGUAUAAUCACUGUACAGAACUAUGCCUCCCACGUACCUCCCAAAGUCUCCCACAUCACCUUCGCUCAUGAAGUAGGACACAACUUUGGCUCCCCGCACGACUCUGGAUCCGAGUGCACUCCAGGAGAAUCCAAGAGCCAAGACAAGAAGGAGAAGGGCAAUUAUAUCAUGUACGCAAGAGCCACGUCGGGCGACAAGCUCAACAACAACAAGUUCUCCAUCUGUAGCGUGCGCAACAUCAGCCAGGUGCUGGAGAAGAAAAGAAGCAACUGUUUCGUCGAGUCAGGUCAGCCCAUCUGUGGCAACGGCCUGGUGGAGCCGGGGGAGGAGUGUGACUGUGGCUACAGCGAUCAGUGCAGGGACCAGUGCUGCUAUGACGCCAACCAGCCUGACAACAGGAAAUGCAAAUUGAAGCCCAACAAAGUCUGCAGUCCCAGCCAGGGUCCUUGCUGCACUCCCGAGUGCUCCUACAAGGGUCGUAACGAGAAGUGCCGAGAGGAGUCCGAGUGCGCUCACCAGGGCAUGUGUAACGGAGUCGGUGCCCAGUGCCCCACAUCCGAGCCCAAGGCCAACUUCACCGCCUGCCACGGGGAGACUCAAGUCUGCCUCAACGGGGGCUGCUCCGGCUCCAUCUGCGAGAAGUACGGCCUCGAGGCCUGCACCUGUGCCAGCCAAGAUGGGAAGGACGAGACGGAGCUUUGCCACGUGUGCUGCAUGGAGAAGAUGAAUCCCAACACAUGCAGCAGCACAGGAUCAGAGCGGCUGGCUCGCUUCUUCAACAAGAAAGUCACCACGCUGCCAGCCGGCUCGCCCUGCAAUGACUUCAAGGGCUACUGUGACGUGUUCAUGAAGUGCCGCCUGGUGGACGCGGACGGACCGCUCGCCCGGCUGAAGAAGGCCAUCUUCAACCCGGAGCUGUAUGAAAACAUAGCCGAGUGGAUCGUGGCCCAUUGGUGGGCAGUGCUGCUGAUGGGCAUCGCCCUCAUCAUGCUGAUGGCCGGCUUCAUUAAGAUCUGCAGUGUGCACACACCGAGCAGCAACCCCAAACUUCCUCCUCCCAAACCACUUCCAGGCACCCUGAAGAGGCGGCGAGCGCAGCAGCACGCCAACUCCCAGGUGCAGAGCCAGUCUCAGCACGGCCACCCGCACGCCGGCCAGCGCCAGCCCCAGAGGCAGCCUCAGCGGCAGGCGCAGCCCCAGAGGCACCACCGUCAGCCCAGGGAGAACUAUCAGAUGGGCCAGAUGAGACGCUGAGAACCCCCCCCCCACACACACACCCACCCUCCCCACCUGCCCGCCUCCCCCGUAACCUUGGCUUCUCCUCGUGCCUACAGUGGGAAACAAAAGCGUCACUCCAUCCAAAGAAAAGCCUGACGUGGUUGUUAGUCGUCAUCACAUCCUCCAUUUACAGACCAGACCGGAUGCGUGAGAGAGCGAAAACAAGCAAGUCGAUUGGCUCUUCGUGGAGGGGACUCAACCAUCAGCCAUUUCCAAUGCAGUGCGAUCUAGCAUCUUUUUCCACCCUUUGUUUUAUUUCUGUUAAGGAGUGCCAAGGAGUUAAGGAUCAUGUGUAGCUUUAGUACAUUCUGUGAUGUGUUAUUUUUUUUUUUUUUUUCUUCUAUUGCGACGUCUUCUUGAGUGACACGCCCGUGGCUGCUGGUGAAUUGUUCCGUGAUUUUCUUUCGCCAUUCUAGCCAAGAAUGAGAGACACUCGGUGGGGAUUCGCGGCACUUUUGUGAUGUACACAUGUCAAACGGCAAAAGACACAGGCUGCGGUCUCUCGUGCAGACCGUCUUCUGCAUGUGACUGUACAUAUUUAGUGUAUCAUAAGUGAAAACAAACUAUUUCUUCUACUGUAAAUGUGUAAUUCUUCACUUUUCUUUUUUUUUCGGUUAGUGCUCUCAGGACUCUUAACACUAAAUUGAAGGACUGAUGGUUGCGAUGAGUUCCUUGAACGCUGCAGUCGAGGAUUUGGCGCCAUCAAGUUCUCCUCGCAGUCGUCCUAUCAGGUGGAUCUUUUUCACUUUUGUUAGAUUUUUUUUUGAACGAGGUCGCCGUUCUCUCACUUUUCAGGCCUUCUUCGUUCAAGGUCCCCUUUUUUUUCUCAUCUUUUUAUUUUUUAUUUUUAACUGUCUUGCUAACAUCCUGUUUUUUCGUACGUGUUGUAACAAGCUAGAGGUCACAGGAACAGAACGGGAAGACCACCUAGUCUGGGACACCUUUUUACUGUCUAACCGAAUUUGUUUUGGAUAAUGAAGAAUGGGAAACCACUAACUGAAGAUGAGGACAAUUCUACCUGUUGAUAAAUGAAGACGAGGGAACGUGAAGGCUGCUGUGGUUCAGCUUAGAAGUGUAUCAUGUUACAGAGUUAGUUUACAUGAGUGUGGAAAUAAAUUUAAAAACGACUCCGGUGUGGAUGUACAAAAAUAAUUGUAAGAUGAAAUCAUUCUAUUAUUCUUCAGAUAGCGAGUCUAAGAACUUUUCAAUGUGGGCAUGCGGACACAUUUAUUAAAUGUGACUUUUUAUUGACCAAGGUCUGUAAUAUUUCUAUGUCACACAACACUAUUUACUUUGACAGCUAUUAAUGUUAGUCUUAAAAAGGGUGGAAGGAGCAGCGAAAUGCAGCAGUGGAGCCACAACGUUCAUUUCCUCGGUGUGUUCACCAGUAUCACAGAGACGAGCUCCUGCUUUUACUUCACAUUUUAAACUCACCCGCAGUUGUCCCCUGGCCAGAUUUCAUCGCGGAAUAAAUCCCCUUAAGAGCACACGAGUGCAGGAGAUUUUCUUUUUAGAAAAAGCCAGUAGAUACCUGUUAUGUUCCCAAAGCCACUUUCAAUGUCACAAAUAAAGGAAAUGUGUUUGUUCUUUGUUGGAAGUUUGACCUUGCGUGUUUUCUUCCGCUCCAAAAGGCUCUGAUCAUCCUGUCGUGAUAAAUUGUGCAACAUCUCGUGAUUUUAUUUUUCCCUGCGAACAAUUCACCCACCUAAAGCUUUUAGGGGUAAGUGGGUGAAAUGGGGUUCAUUUGGGAUUGUACACAAAACUACAUUUUAUUCUGGCAUCAUCUUUUGAACGCAUGCAAAUGCGUCUGUAAUCAUCACUCAUGUGCUCUGGAGGGGGAAUUGUGAACAACGCGUCACCGUUAAUGGUUUCUUUCACAUGGCAGAUGAAUAUCCAUGUCCGCGCCCCCCCCCCCCUAGAACUCUCAUUUCUGUUUAAAAUGGAACUCUCUUUAAAUUCUCCUAGGCGUGAUCCCGCCGGUUGAGCCAAGAGAGUUUAAAUGUAAAACUUGUACAGUACUUCGGAAAAUGGAAAAAUUACAUUUUGAUACAUCCGUUGGAUUUUUUUGUAUUCUAAUUCCAGAAUAAGUUGUUCAAUGAUGUUCAUGUGUGACAAACUGUCCCGUCGGCGUUCUUUAAGUUCUUGUAUGUGCUCGUUGAAGUGAAGUUUGCUUAUGAUACUUUUUUCCACCGUCAUCAAUCGUAAAAACAAUUCAGGGUGAUGGAGUCAAUGUUACAUUCUUAUUUUUCUCAUUGUUCCCCUGUGGCAUGGUUUGGGUAGAAGAGCAGAAGAAUAAUGCCUGUAAAUUUACUUUCUUUUUAAUUUUGUAGUCUUGGUAAAGUUUUUCGAUAAACGUGCACUGAAAAUGUCCAGAUUGAGUUGCAAUGUUGUAGGUGAUGUAGGCCGAAAGAACACAGGAUUAAAAAGUAAUACUACUGUCUGAUUUUAAUGUUCACUGUGUUUUAUACAGUAUCAAAUUUUUUUUGUUCACUUUGAACAUUUUUACUAAAAAAAAAAAAAUUUCAAAUUGUAUUGUGCAGAGAUGUAAUUUUUGGAGUACUUGAAAUGCAUUAAUUAAAAGACUCGUUCAAAAUAAAAUAGACCCCUGUUUACUGUC